UCGUAAACAACACUUAAAAUUAUACUGAUAAAAGUGUCAAUCCAUUUUUUUUUAAAUAGUGCUUGAAAAAUCAUUAUAAAUAAGACUCCGGGAACCAAAUUAUUUUGUCAGAUCACAACAAAAUGUUCAGUGCUAAAGUUGCUAUCUUGCUCGCUGCUGUAGCAGUAUGUCAUGGAGCACCAAAUGCCAAAUUCAGCAACCAUCACUUAAAGAUUGACGGUGGCAUUGACGCCGAAAUAGAAGACUUUCCAUACGUGGCUUCCGUCCAAUUUUGUCCACCCAAAUGCUCACACAUUUGCAGUGCUAUAAUCAUCAACGAGAACUGGGUAUUGACCGGUUCCAGUUGCAUUGAGUACAUUGCAUUCCAAAAGGUUGAUGCCGGAGCAUUUUACUUAGCUCAAGACGACAAAGUUACCGUUGACGUUGAAGAUGCAUUCGCUCAUCCUGACGCCGCACCAGAUGGACUCGGUCCAAAUGAUCUUGCUUUACUUAAGUUAGCUCAACCACUGACCUUCAACGAAAGAAUACAACCAGCAAAAUUGCCCAAACAAGGCCAAGAAUUCACCGGUAAAGCUAAUGUGACUGGUUUCGGUGACAGUAACCUUGCUGACCGCAAUGGCCUCCAAACAGCCCGUGAUGUAACUCUUAUAUCUAACGAUGAUUGCCGCAAAGCCAUCAAACAAGUUUUCCCAGACCAAGAUUCUAAUUUAGAUGACAAGAGCAAUUUAUGUACGUUAAGCAAAACAGCAAACACCUGCUACGGUGAUGUCGGUGGUCCUUUAAGUCAAGAUGGAACCGUCAUCGGUACAGUCACGUGGUACUUGGAGCCAUGCGGUACCAGCGGAGCUCCAAAUGUGUACACCAAGCUCUCUAACUUCGUGGACUGGAUCGAAAAAACCAUUACCGAAAAUAGUUAAAUUAUAUAAUUUGCUAAAAAUAAAGACAUAAAUUAUUAUAGGUAGUAAAUUUUUAUAUAUUUAUAGUGCGUUGCAAUUUAUAGUAGAAAAUCUUAUCGUUUUAAACAUGAAGGAAGGUUGUAUAUUAGCCGGAACAGGGACGGU